GAAUUGCUUGUCGAUGGAACGUGGCCCGGCUGUCGGUGUUGGCCUUUGGCUGCGUGAAAUGCUCCCGUAAUGGAGUUUGUUUUUUUAAACAUUUCACAUAAUGCGUAAUCAGAUGAGCGAAGUAUAAAAACCAGCGUCGUUUAACCAAAUCAAUUCAUUUUAUGUGAAAGUCUUUGAAAGUGCAAACGUACAAAAUAAAUCGACAAUUGCCGCAAACAAACAUGUGCAGGAUUCUCGCUCUGCUCUUCUUCUGCCUUUAUGCGCCGUCGCAUGCCAGCCUUUACCAUGGACCAUCUGCUCCUGCUCCUGUGGCAGUGUCCGCUGUUUACAGUGCACCAGCUCCUACGCUAACCUAUGCUGCUGCACCGUCCACGCUGACCUAUGCUGCGCCACAUGCGGUGCAUGCACCGCCAGCUUUCAUUAAGUACGCUGCACCACAGCACAUCAGCACGUACGCGGCGCCUGUUGCUCCCGUUGUCAAGUAUUCGCUGGGCGCACCUGUAACCACCACCACCACCACGUAUACGGGAUUCGCUGCACCAGCUCCAGCCCCACCAGUUGUACACUACGCUGCACCACCACCACCUGCGUUUGUGACACGCUAUGCGCCACCACAACACGCUUAUGCAUACCACGCGCAGCCUUCGUAUGCCCGGGUUGCGGUUCAUGCCGCCCCGCCCCCCGCUGUUGCCUAUGCGGCGCCGGCUCCGAUUCCGGCUGAGCUACCCUGCGAUACUGCCUGGUGAGGCGGCAUAUCACACAUCUACCUAGUUAUAAUCAUGUUAAUUUCAAUGCUAAUCGACAAGCUGCCAUCGCGUAUAUUAGCAAUUAAUGAAGAGAGAAUUUAUAAGUGUGUGAUUUAAAUUGUUGAUAAUAAAACAUCUUCCGCGGCAUUUAUGCGCCAUCGUAAAGAA